UUCAAAUAAGACUGUUGAAAAAUUUUGAUUUUGAGGUUUUAAUUCGCUUCUUUUGUUGAUUAUUCUCGUCUUUUUAAUGAAUUUCCCGUUUUUAAAUUUGUAAAUGACACUUUGUAAAUAAGGAAUUGUAGUUAAUUUACUCCUGGAGGAGCUCUGUGAGUUUAUAAGGUGGUUUUGGGGCUCUGGUAACUAUUUCAAAUUGAACAAGAAAUGGAGUCCUUUGAAAUUCCAUCACAUAGGAGUGAAUUAAACGUAGAUAAAGACUUAUCCAAAAACGACAUUAUAAGCUAUCUUCAAGAGGCCAAAAGCAAUUACAAAAAUGGAACAGGGUAUAUUAUCGAGGAGUGCAAAGCUUAUUUCUCAGCCAUAUAUCAUAGCGAUAUCCUUCCUAUUGACAUAAUUCACUCAGUGUAUGUGGAAUUACACAGAGGUUUGAAAAGGUUGAAUGAGGAUUUAGGGCCUAUUUUAUCUAGUUGGGACGAUGAAGACGCAGAUGAGUCUUUACGGCAACAAUAUCUGAAUAUGAUUAAAAUCCAUCUUUACUGUUAUACCCAAAUCAUCUUCAUAUUCGAAUCUAAGGAAGAGGAGAAACAAAUGAAAAGUUUACAAUUAAAAAAGAGUAAAAAGAAGGAUGAUAGCCCUUUUUGUUUAGAUAAAAAACAGAUAGUUGUACAGCUCAAUACUUUAAUACAACAUAAUAUAAAGAGCCUCUGGAGUCCACCAAUAGUGGAAGGAUCAUUCAUCAAUUUGGUAUCGGAAGUUUGCUACAGGUUUCUUCAAAAUUCGUCGAUAAAGGGAGACAAAAAUGUUUUAACUGAAAUAUGGAGUUUUCUUGGUACAUUGAUAAAAGAUCAUAACCAUGGAAAUUCAUUUGUGAUAAGGAUCGUGGAUCUGAUAAAAUUACAUGAGCAUCUUGUUCAAUGUUUACCUGAAGGUUUCAAGUUUUUAGUAGAGAAUUACAAUUGUAAAGCUAUGCUGCACAAUAUUAUACAGGAGGUGACGGAAUGGCAAACAAAUGAGAAAUAUCAAGAUGCCCAAGGUGCUCGUUUUUGUUCCUCUCUCUUGGUUGAAAUGGCGAUACUUAUGCCGGAUCUAAUGCUUCCAGAAGUGAUGUAUUUAACUAGAUAUUUGUAUUAUGAUUCUUAUACUUUGAGGAAUUGUGUGUUAUCCGUAAUAACGGAGGUUAUUUCGAAAGUUUUGACCAAACACGAUCUAACUGAGGAAGAAAAAGAGUUCCGUGAUGAAUUCAUAGCUAUUUUGAAGGAACACAUAGGAGAUAGCUCACCUUUGGUGCGGUCUAAGGUUUUUCAACACUGGGCACGGCUUCAAAAAGAGAACUCGAUCCCUCUGGUGAAUCAGAAUGAAAUCUUGGAAAUGGCUAUAGAGCACCUGAGAGACAAGGGCUCUUUGGUCAGGAAAUGCGCUGCGAAUUUGGUCACUUUAUUCUUGUCCCACAACGCUUACAGCUAUGACUUGAAACUCGCUGAGCGCAAGAAGAAUUUGGAGGAAGUCGAAGGGGAAAUUAAGAAAUUGGAGGAAGAAAUUCAAAAGGUAUUCACGGAAGUAAGUGAAGAAUUGGAGGCUAAGUGGGCGUUGAUUAAAAACGAUGUAAAGGAAGAGCUAGAAAAAGAUUUCGAAGAAGAGACUGAAGCCCAAGAUAUCCCUCGAGAAAUAGACGACGUUUCGGAGGUGAUCAAGAUGUACCUGGAAGCGAAAGACUAUAAAAGCGCGGUUAAACUGUGUAGGACAGCCGAGAAAGUGUUACCCACUUGGAAGAACAUAAUAGAAGGACUGGACGGUUACGGUAAAGUCGAACUAACCCUGGAACUCCUGAAAACCACCUUCGUUAAACCCACCAACAGCAAGACCGAGGAGUUGUACAAGAGAAUGGGGGAACUGAACGUAAAAGCCGAAUUCUUGAGGGACACUGUCACCUUUUUAACUCUGGUCGAUUCGGCCAUCGAACACAUGGUUAAACUGCUGGAGACGCCCACUAUCGGGGAAUUGCACGAAGCUGUUGAAUUUUUAACCACUGCUUAUCAAUUUAACAUAGACAGGAACGAGAAGGGUAUCGUUGAAAUGUUGAGGAUUAUGCAAAGGAAUGAGCAGGAACGUAAGGAUGUCAUAGUGAACGCUUUUAAAACCAUCUAUUUGAAGACAGACGCUGAGAAUUUGACGGAGCACACUACGAUCAUUGUUAAACGGUUGAUAUCUCUCUUGAAAUACAUCCCCGUCCAUAACUUGGAGGACUUGCAAAGCGUGUUGGCGGAAUGGGCCAAAAAAGGGUUCAUCGACAACGGUGUGAUCGAUAUGCUGUGGCAAUUCUUCACCAACAAAGUGCCCACCUCGGAGGAAGACCGAAGGGCCUCUCUGGAACUCCUCCGUAUGACUUCCAUCAAAAGAGUGUCGAUAAUCAAGAAAAACAUCAAAUUGAUCUCAACGAUAGCCUUAGAAAAGAAAGGUGACAAGGUGCAGGAAGACAUGCUUCUGGUGGGAACGGCUUGCAAGGCCCUCGGGGUGGUAGGAAGGGAAAAGAUCGAUAUGAACUCCGAAACUCCACCGUUCAAGAUAAACGCAGAGGACGAAGUGUUCCAAUCUUUGUUGGAGAUCAUGUCGGUCAAUUUUUUCAAGAAUGUGCAUUAUUACAGCAGUGCCAUACCCAGCGUUAUCACUUUCAUCUACAAGGUGUGCUCUAAACCGGAGGCAGUUUGCGAGAAUCUACUGAGGAACAUCAUCGUUACCCUGACCGGUAAAAACGAGAAGGAAUUGUCGGAAUUCCAACUGGUCAGGUUCUGUCAACUCCUCGGUUGCAUAGCCGUCAGUCAUCUGGAUUUCAUGGACAACACCCUGUAUAAAGAAUUGAAGAGGAGGAAUAACAUCAGGGAGCAGAAGAAGAAGAACAAGAAGAGCGACCUGAAUAAAUCAAGGAAUUCUUCCAAAAUUAACCAAUCCGUACUAAAUCAAACCAACCCCCACGAAGAGUCCAUCCUCGAAGGGGCCCAAGCUGAGGAUUCCGACGCUGAAUUCAUCCUGAGCGUUCUGGAGAAUGACACUGUUAACAGUUCAGGUCUGUUGGGGAAGCUGUCUUUCAUCAUAAAAAAAAUUUGUCAAAGGCCGGACCUGUACAGUAAUUCAGUGACUCAGGGUGCUGCCGUUAUAGCCCUAAUCAGGUAUAUGUUGGUGUCGAGCAGGUUCUGCGAGGAGAACAUACAGCUCCUGUUCACAAUUUUCGAGAAGACCACCCAUGCAGAUCUGAAGUGCACCGUUUUAUAUCAUUGUUCGGACCUGUUGACACGUUUUCCAAACAUCGUAGAACCUUGGACCCCCAGAAUUUACCAAAGCCUGGUGGACCCCUUGUCGGAUAUAAGGAAAGCUACGUUCUUCACCCUCUCCAAUCUGAUCCUCAGGGACAUGAUUAGGAUACAGGGGCACAUUUCGACGAUGGCCAAGUGCAUCAUCGAUCAAGACGUGGACCUGAACAAGAUGAGCAGGACUUUCUUCGUUCAACUAUCGCACAAAGAAAAUAACCUUUAUAAUAUCCUACCGGAUAUUUUUUCGCAUCUGGUCGAGACUACGGAAACCGAGGAUUUGAGGGUUAUAAUGAGGUUCUUGUUCGAUUUGAUGGAUAAAAAGAAGUAUAUGGAGAAUCUGGUCGAGAGGUUCUGCUGCAAGUUCCAGCUGACCGAAAACGUGAACAUCUGUAGGAAUAUCAUGUUUUGUUUGACUUUGAUCACGUACAACGAGAAGGCUUUGAAGAAGUUGCAGGAGAAUUUCCCCUUGUACAAACAUCUGGUGCACGAUGACGAAAUUUACACUCAUGUUAAACAGAUUUUAGCCAAUUGCAACAAGCAACAAAUUGGAAAAACCGAUUUGAAGCCGAUUAUCACCGAAAUCGAGCAAGCUAUUGAAAGCGUGUUCGAAAUAAUGGAAGGGGAUCAAAGACCACCGCCUCGUCCAGUUAUCAACAAAAAAAGUACAAAGAAAACACAGCCGAACAAAGGGAAGACAAAAAGGGCCAAACGAAAGAAAGAAAGCAGCGAUGAGGAUGAAAGUGAUUGAGAAAUGAUAAAUUUUCGUCUACCAGUAAUUUUUGCACUUUUUUAAUGAACCAUAGUAUAUAUAUUUUUUAUCAAACUGAAAAUUCUCAUCA